AUGGAGUGUUGUCUGAGUGAUGAAGAAUUUGGCGAUGUAGUUUUUGAGUUAAUCUUUGAUUUUUCUUUUGUUGCUUAUUUGUUUAUCUUGAAUUGCUCGUUGGUUUAUCUUCGAUUGCUUGUUGGUUGCUUUUUAGUUGCUCAUUGGAUGGAUAGUAUUGCAGUUUUUGUUCAGUACAAUAGUUUUUGGAAUGAUAAGCUGAAAUACACAGAUUUUGCUGUUAAAGGACUUCUAAUUCCAACAGAUUGUAGCAUGCAACAUCUUGAAGAAUUACUAGCCAAACAACUACAAAUAGAUUUAGAAGAUACAAAUAUGCAAAUCAAGUAUCAGGUCAAAGAAGACUAUCCACCAAUAAUAAUACAAGAUGAUGAUGCUUUAAAUUUCUACUUUAAGAUGAAAGGAAAAUCAACAGAUCCAACACACUUCCCACUCUGCAUUGAAAUUGAACAAAAAAUAAGAGAUCUAUCAUUGUAUGUAUCAUCGUCAAGAUCAACACACCAGAAUGUCAACAGAAAUUCAACAGUCUGUGAACUCCAAGAGAAUUCAACAAAUGUUGAUAAUUUUAAUUCAGUUUCAAAUAUAUUUCAGUAUGCAAUGGACAUGGGAAAUCUGUUAGAUGAGGAUCAAGAAGUGCAGAGUCCUUACAUAGAAAGUACGAUCAUUAAUGAAAUAAAGGCGACAGAAAUUGAAGAAGGUCAAAAAUACAAAGACAAGAACACACUAAAGACUAUACUAAGCAUUUACGCGAUCAACAAUCAUUUUCAGUUCAGAUCUUACAAGUCGUGCAAAAUUGAGUACAUAGCAAUAUGCAAUGAGCCUGGCUGUGAAUGGAAAUUGAGAGCGUCGAGAAAUAAAAAAUCAAGUGUAUUCAUUGUGCGAAAAUUUAACAAUGUACACACUUGCAAAGUUGGGGAAAGGAUGGCCGAUAAAAGGCAGGCAACAUAUGAUUUGGUUGGAAACUUCAUAAAGGAUAAGUACUCAAACUUCAAGACUGUUUACACGCCUGCCGAUAUUAUUAGAGAUAUGAAGAAGGAAUAUGGAGUCGAACUAAGCUACCAAACAGCAUGGAGAUCAAAAGAGAGGGGAUUAGAGCUCACGAGAGGACAUCCAGCUGAUUCAUACAAAUUGCUGCCUUCUUAUCUACACGCGCUGAAAACAACAAAUCCCGGGUCUGUUGCUGAAUUGGAAACAAGAGAAGACAGAUUUCUUUAUGUUUUCAUAUCAUUGAAUGCAUCAAUUAAAGGAUGGGGUUUUUGCAAGCCGAUAAUUGUAGUCGAUGGUACGUUCCUCAAAGCAGCUUAUGGAGGAACUCUUCUAACGGCAGCUACUCAAGAUGCAGCAAAUAAGAUUUUUCCUCUUGCAUUUUGUGUGGUAGAUUCUGAAAACGAUGCUUCGUGGGAGUGGUUUUUUAACAAACUUAGAGAAACAUUCGGCGUGAGGGAAGGAAUGUGCAUUAUCUCGGAUCGACAUGACAGUAUUAAAAAAGCAAUUGAAAACGUAUUCCCGGAAGCACAUCAUGGGAUUUGUACAUACCAUCUUUUCAACAAUGUCAAAGCAAGAUAUAGAAGAGCGAAAGGUGAAAUCAGAGAACAAUUUUUUGGGGCAGCCAAAGCUUACACGAUUGAGCAAUUUGAAAAACACAUGGCGGAACUUGACAAAUUUGACCCCAAAAUAAGGGAGUACCUCACUGAAGUGGGUUUCAAAAAAUGGACGACAGUCCAUUCCACCAGCAAUAGGUAUUCAACAAUGACUUCAAACAUUGCAGAAUCUUUAAAUGCAACAAACAUAGCUGCAAGAGAACUGCCCAUAACGACGAUGCUCGAAUUUCUACGUUCGCUUGUGCAAAAGUGGACUCAUGCAAAUAGAAACUGUGCAAGAUCAUUAAAAACAGAUAUGACAAAAGUGGCUGAGGAUAUAUUGAAUGAAAGCUAUAUUCGAUCUCUGAAUCUGACGGUAAGCCCUGCAAAUGACAAUAUAUAUACUGUCACUAAAACAAAAACUCCCUUCUCGGUCAAUUUGGACACACAGACAUGCUGCUGCCGAAGAUUUCAAACAGACAAAAUACCGUGUGCGCACGCAGUUGCUGUAAUCAGGAAAUACAACAAAGAUCCUUUGUUCUAUUGUUCAAAGUACUACAUGAAGGAGACGUAUUUCAACACGUACAUUCACACUGUGUAUCCAAUGACGAAUAAGUCAACAUGGAAUACACCUCAAGAAGUAAAAGAUAUAAUCGUGCUGCCUCCGGAAUCAAGAACAAAAUCGGGGAGACCGAAGAAGAAACGCAUAGUGGCAGGACAUGAAAAAAGGUUAAAGAAUACAUGCACGGUUUGCAAGAAGAAGGGUCACAAUAAAAAAACAUGCAAACGAUCACUAUAA